GGAACGUAUAUUUUUCACCGUACACAGUUCAGACACAUGGACAUCGGUUUGUUGCUCUUAGACUCAGCAUCAAAUCAAGCUGCUGCUGAACAACCACUGAGAGAACAUCAGGUACGACGCUUAUGCUGAUUGUUUUUUAGCACAUGUAGAUAUAUGUGAACUUACUGGUGUUGCAUAUUGCUAUGUUUUCAUGUGCUUAGUCAAGAGGAAGAACAUUUAUUCAUGUGUUUUAUUGUCACUGUUGAGGUUUAAUGUGUAAUAACUUGAUUUCACUGUUCUGUAGACUGUGGAGCUUUUAAGCAGAGGCCUUCCUCCAGUUCAACUAUGACUUUUCUCAGGACUUCUUUAAACAACUCUCUCAUCAUUCGUCCUCCAGGCUUCCACAUAGUCGGAUUUGAGACAUUACCCUUCAUUAGUGUCUACUUCAUCUUUCUAUCGUUUGUUUACGUGGUUACAGUGAUGUUCAACAGUUUGGUGAUCUAUGUCAUUGCUUUCAAUCACUGCUUACAUUCUCCAAAAUUUCUGGCUGUGAUCAACCUCGCAGUAAUUGAUAUAGUCCUCAACACGACUACUAUUCCUGGCAUGGUAAAGAUAUUCCUCGUUAAGGACAAUUUCAUUCCAUUCAACUUGUGUUUGGUACAAAUGUUCUCCUACUAUUGUUCUUUAGGUCUGGAGUCAUUUGCACUUGCUAUACUUGCCUACGACAGGUUGAUUGCAAUAUGUUUACCUCUGCGUCACAACUCAGUCAACACUUUGCAGAGCAUGUCUUGUAUUAUUGGCUUUACUUGGUCUUUUUCUGUGGGAGUAACAGCAUUUUCAACAGGUAUAAUGACUCAACUCUCAUUUUGUAAAUCUGUCAGAGUGUUCAGCUAUUUCUGUGACUAUGCACCUGUGUUCAGACUUGCCUGUAACGAUUACACAAUGCAGUGGUCUGCAGCCUCUUUUCUCUCCUUCAUGAUACUCGGAGGACCCUUUGUUUUUAUCAUCCUGUCUUAUGUCACUAUCCUGGUGACAGUGUUUAGAAUGAGAUCUUUGGACAGUCGAGUUAAAGCUCUUGCCACUUGUGGUGAGCAUGUCAUCCUUGUUGCUGUAUUUUAUGUUCCUAUUAUCACUAUUUUCACUCUUGGGUUUUUUCUGCGUCUGACUGACCCGGACCAGCGUGUGCUUAGCCUGUCCCUGGCCUCUUGCAUCCCACCCUGCAUCAAUCCAAUAGUCUAUUCUUUGAAAACCAAAGAGAUCAAAAUGAGAGCCGUGGCCCUUCUGAGAAGAAAUGUCAUCGGCACGGACCAACGUAAGAGGAAACCUUUGAGGGUUGAAAAGUCUUUCAGGCUCUAACGUUUUUUUGGUGUCAAAAGCGAUGGCUCUUUUUGUUCCCACAUUGUUUUUCAUUGGAACAGGUUUAAUGAAGCCGCUGUGACUUUACACAUGUUCUGUCCUAGUCUGUUACCCUUUAACUUAACCUGAACACAACCUAUACUCAAAUAAUUUGUCUCUGCUACCGAUACAACAAUACCCGGGUCAAGGCCCUUAGACUAUUACUGCAGGAAGAACUAUUAUUAACGGGAACACUGAGGAGAACGGACUUUGAAACAGGAUCCACAUGUAGCGUUUACAGCUUCAAAUUAACUUAGAAUUGUCUACUUAACCUCUAAAACUAAAACUAAUCUUUAGGUGUCGCAUCUGGAUAUUUUAAUCAUCACCCUCUGCAAAGAAUGUACAUGACUUCAUUUUUGUUCAGAAAAUAAAGUUAAUUUAUGUCCAUAUAUGUGAAGUAUGAUCCGCAGCAAAAAUAAUCUUGCCCUGGACUAUUAAGUGUGUUUGUAGUGAAAAGACAAUUUGUAAUUCAUCAACCAACAGAAACUUAGCACAGUUUGCAUCAAUUUCUAUAUUUGCUGAUAAGCGAAAUGGGAGUACAGAAAUGCUAAAAGCAUGUUAGAGGUCAUUUAAGAACAUUGUCUCAUUAUAGUUUGUCCACCAGAUAGCAUUUGCAUGCAGUCAGUACAUAUCGUGGUCACUGGUAUAUUGUUCAUUUAACAGAAUCUUAAAUGACAAUCAUUUUUUCUUGUGACAUAUAUAGAGAGAGAAAGAGAGAGGGAGAGAUUCUUUCAUAUUCACGUUUUUAUUUGAACUUGAAUAGUAAUCUGCCGUUGAAAGAU